CUAAGCCCUGCAGUCGACCGCUGUGAACGGCCUCCUGUCCCGGGGAGUUUGAAAAUGCGGUUCCUGAAAGGGCAUUUCUGAUCGUUCUCUUCCAAGGACACAAUCGAGCCCGAAGAAAAAGCGCAGUUUCUUCGAGGACAUUUCUGGAGAGCUUAGAAGCGUUUCCACCAUGGAAUCCAUCUCUAUGAUGGGAAGCCCCAAGAGCCUGGAGACUUUUUUGCCUAACGGCAUAAAUGGUAUCAAAGAUGCCAGGAAGGUCACUGUGGGCGUGAUAGGAAGUGGGGAUUUUGCCAAGUCUCUGACCAUUCGGCUUAUUAGGUGUGGCUACCACGUGGUCAUAGGAAGCAGAAAUCCGAAGUUUGCGUCUGAAUUUUUUCCUCAUGUGGUGGAUGUCACCCACCAUGAAGACGCUUUAACAAAAACAAAUAUAAUAUUUGUGGCCAUCCAUAGAGAACAUUACACCUCCUUGUGGGACCUGAGACACCUGCUUGUGGGCAAAAUCCUGAUUGACGUCAGCAACAACAUGAGGGUAAAUCAGUACCCAGAGUCCAACGCCGAGUACCUGGCUUCACUCUUCCCGGACUCACUGAUUGUCAAAGGAUUUAAUGUCAUCUCAGCUUGGGCUCUUCAGUUAGGGCCCAAGGAUGCCAGCCGCCAGGUCUAUAUAUGCAGCAACAACAUCCAGGCUCGACAACAGGUUAUUGAACUUGCCCGUCAGUUGAAUUUUAUUCCUGUUGACCUGGGAUCCUUAUCAUCAGCCAAGGAGAUUGAAAAUUUACCCCUGCGACUGUUUACUCUCUGGAGGGGACCAGUGGUCGUAGCCAUAAGCCUGGCCACAUUUUUCUUCCUUUAUUCCUUUGUCAGAGAUGUGAUACAUCCGUAUGCCCGGAACCAGCAGAGUGACUUUUACAAGAUUCCUAUUGAGAUUGUGAACAAAACCUUGCCUAUAGUCGCCAUUACUUUGCUGUCCCUGGUGUACCUGGCGGGCCUCCUGGCAGCUAUGUAUCAGCUUUACUACGGCACCAAGUACCGCAGAUUCCCACCGUGGCUGGAUACCUGGCUGCAGUGCAGGAAGCAGCUGGGACUGCUGGGCUUUUUCUUUGCUGUUGUCCAUGUGGCCUACAGCCUCUGCUUGCCGAUGAGAAGGUCAGAAAGAUACUUGUUUCUCAACAUGGCUUAUCAGCAGGUUCAUGCGAAUAUUGAAAAUGCCUGGAAUGAGGAAGAGGUUUGGCGAAUUGAAAUGUACAUCUCCUUUGGUAUCAUGAGCCUGGGCUUACUGUCCCUCUUGGCAGUCACUUCAAUCCCUUCAGUGAGCAAUGCCUUAAACUGGAGGGAAUUCAGUUUUAUUCAGUCUACACUGGGCUACGUUGCUCUGCUCAUCAGUACUUUCCACGUGUUAAUCUACGGAUGGAAACGCGCUUUUGCCGAAGAGUACUACCGGUUUUACACACCGCCAAACUUCGUCCUGGCGCUUGUCUUACCCUCGGCUGUAAUUGUGGGGAAGACGGUUUUACUCCUCCCGUGCAUAAGCCGAAAGCUAAAAAGAAUCAAAAAGGGCUGGGAAAAGAGCCAGUUUCUAGAAGAAGGCCUGGGAGGACCAGUUCCUCAUCUGUCCCCAGAGAGGGUCACAGUGAUGUGAGGAGAAGGGGGGCUCACUGACACCGUACCCACCUCCGCUCAUGCCAUCAUGGACACCCCCUCCACGCUCCCUGUACGUGGACUGCCCCUCUGCUGCAGUAGGAAACCUGGCAAGCGAGGUGUCAGCUGAACGGGGAUAGCAUUUUCUCCAAGUUAAUUUUUAUAAGUGUCAUAUUUUGCCAACAUGAAAUUUUGUAGCCCACAUGUAUUGUUCCAAUCUAGGAAUGUUUUCUUUUUCUGCAACCGUAACGGAAUCAUUAUUUUAACUAUAUUGCACAAUAAGGCAGAAAUAUUUGUAGCUGAUCAUAUAGAACAUUUGGAAUACUUGGCAAACCAGCAGAAUUUGAAACUUGCAAUAUUACUGAGUGAGUAUGCUUUUUCCCUGAGGCUAAAGAUUUUAAUUAUCACCCACUUUAAGAAGCAGAAAUGCAUAAUUAGGUAUUAUUGAGGGACAUACCAUAAUAGUAUGUAGGGUGCACAGGCGCAGUCUUAUACUUUCAUCAGAUGGAACUGGAACGAUGCCAUCAGUUAUACGAAGCCGCGAGAGAAUGUGAGCACACACACAUUGCACUGCAGGCAUGGAGUGGAUGCUGCUAACGCACAGCUCAUGGGAGCUUUGUCCUCUUACGUUACAGAGCAGUGUCGUUUUCAUAGCUACGUCAAUCAGGGAAGACUCAGUGACUUGGUUCUCAAGCCGUUGUUUCGAGUAGAGUUCCAGCCCCAGGAACUGCAGCACUGUCCUUCACUGCAGUGGGAGCCAGGUUUGCACAUUGCACGUCCGUGCGUCUUUGCUACUUUGGUCUGUCACCACUCUUCUGAGUGGGGUUUUACUGGUGUUCACUGGGGGAAUGUGGCAUGGUUCUGAACAUUUGUCUUGUCCCCUUUAGUAUUUACAACAAAUCUAUGAAAGGGUUACGUUAUCUUUGUUUUACAUAUGAGGAAACAGAAGGAUAGAAAAGUUCAGUUUGCCUAAGGCCCCACGGUGUGUAGGUGGCGGAGGGAGCAGUCAUAGCCAGGUAGUCACCCUGCAGAAGCCGUUGCUUUGUGAGACAUCAGGAUAUACAACCCCUGCCCCAUCUCCAUGCACUGCAUUCAUGAUGUCAAGCGAGAUGUUUCCUUGCUUGUAUAGCCAUUGGCAGUCUUUAGAGUGUGUUGUGUGCAUCAAUCCUAGUUUUAUUAUUGCCUGGGAACCCACAAUAGUGCAACACCUCCCUGUGCAGUGAAGGACUGUGCGGGGAGAGGAUCCGGACAGUGUGGACGAACUGCUGAGCUCCUGCAGCUCUUCAGACGUUCCCAUCAGACGGCCAUGUCCUUUGCUCUUCCUGGGAAGCCUUCCGGCCUUCACUACCAUUCAUUAGGAAGCAGUUUAUGAGCAUGCAGGACAACAGGACAAGUGCUAAUUAUAAAUCCACUCCAGAGACUUAGAAGCUUAUAGAUUAUUCAUAAAAUUUCUCAGUACUAGUCUUCCAUGUGUGAAUUGCAUUUUGUUCAAACUUUGGGAUAUACCACAUUUUCUCCAUUUGUUCCUUAUGCAUCAUAGUACAAAGUUAGAAAAGAGAUGUAAUUGUGUAUAUUCUUCCUAAAAUUGUACCAUUUCCAAAGUUACCUACUGACCCGAAUCCAACCAUCAAAAAUAAAAUGACUUAUUUUUGUGGGAACCUGUCUUUCCCUCCAGUGUUCUUCUAUUCCCGCACUGUUAGUCUGGGAAAUCAGCCACUAACUCUUCAAUGAUUCCUUGGUGAACUGUAAUAUUGAACACCCCAUUUCAUUAUAUUCAUAAUAAUCAUUAAUUCUUAGUAGGAAUUCAGUAUAGCGAUGGCUUUUUAACAGUAAAUACCUACAAGCUGGGUGUGGUGGCGCACAACUUGAAUCCCAGCUCUCAGGAGGGAAGCGCAGGUCAGCCUGGUCUAGAGUGAGUUCCAGGACAGCCAGAGCUCUACAGAGACUGUGUCUAAGUAGAUAUGAUCAUGCACAUAUACCGGUACUGUCAUGAGCUGAUGGAAGUAGCAAUGUAUUUUCAAUCCUUGCUUACUUCUUAAACUUUACUCUAAGACAAUUUAAUGUGAAAAUACAAUGAAAUAGUUCUAAAAGUUAGGUGAUUAACUACAUUGUUAUAUAUGUUAGGUAGCCCAUAAUAUAAAGUUACCGCUAUUAUCCAUACAUAGGACUUUUGGGAAUAUAAAAUUACAUAAAGGCUACAAAUAUAUUUCGAAUGACACUUUUUCUCGGAAUGCUACAAACAAUGGAAUAAUUUUAGUUCAAGAAUAAGUGUAAUCCUGUCAUUACAAUUCUAAAUGUUUAAAGGCCUCUCUCACAAAACGUAUCUGUUUAUUGACUUUUGGUUGCUUAAUUUACCUCUUCUGUAAUUUUUCUUUUUAUGAAUUUCCCCUAAAGGCAUUUUUCUGGCUUCAGAAGUAGACUGAAUGUUGUGGUUGACAAAAGUGAGGAGGUGGCAGGAGAUUACCAUUUAAAGAGCAGGCCUAGUGAGGCAUCUCGGUGGGUAGGGCGCCUGUAGGGAGCCUGAUGACUGACUGCGUCUGCCCCCCACUACGAAUGUGGGGUCAGCACUGCUCCUGCGCGCUGUCCUUUGACAUGACGUGCACACCCGUGUUCGCGUCUCCCUCGUGCUGCCUCUGUCUUUGUUUUUCUCUCACACACACACAAAGUAAAGGAAAUAUAAUUUCAAAUUUUUAGGGGUGGAGGUUUUAAAGAGGAGCAAAGCUUUGUUUACUAACGUAUGGUUUGAGAAGUGAGAAAAUGAUAGGGACGUAGAAAGCAUAAUCUGUCUUCAUCCUUUGUGAAGACAGUCAUAGCUUUUCCUGUGAGGAAGAAUCUCAUAACAUGUAUCAUGCUGCUUAGCCUUCCUUCAGAUUUCAUGUCUCCUUUAUUAGGAAUAUUUAAAACCACCUUUUAAUAGAAAUGUAAUCGUAUCAGCAUCUUUUUUAAAAGAAAAUAUGCUGAGAUUUAGCUCAGAUAAUCUACAUGAGAUUUUUGUUUACAUUUUAAGACAUUAAGCAUGAAUAAAAUUAUGAUUAUUUAUCAGAAAUAAUUAUUUUGUAUAAUACAGAAGGUGGCUGAUGAGUUCAUGCUAAACUACCUGAUUAUUUUCUUAUAAAUUAGCUUAACUUCAAAUUGACUAAAGAAUUUUACUUUCAAAAUUAAUUUGAUAAUGAUAAAAAUGUGUUCCUACUUACAUUCAAAUUAUGAAAAUUAUUUUUUAUUCACAAAUAGAUUCAACCUGAUGUACAUAGUGAGUUCCAGGGCAGUCAGAGCUAUGUAAAGAGACCCUGUCUCAAAAAUCCAAUAUACAUACAUACAUAUAUAUAUGUAUAUAUACAUAUAUAUACUUUUUUAUUAUUUAUAUCUUAUGUAAUAUGACAAAAGUCUUCAUUUAAAUUUUUAUGCCAUUAAGCUAUUUCGUAAUUAUUCUAUAGUGUUCCCUCCCCUAAUAAUCUUUAUUUAUAAAAUUUAAGUAUUUCACAUGGCAUUUAAAAUAUAGCUACUCUAAAUGUAUUCAUAACUCUACUGUAAGCAGCUGAUUAUACUGCAUCAGUCUGUGUAUGAAGUGCUGCUCUGAAACGGGCAAGCAGAGUAAAGUAGAAAUUGCUUUGUAAAUUCACGACAAAACAAUGUCGCAUGUGUAACACACCACAGUCCCGUGUUACAGUCGCUCAACCCUGCACGGUGCAGAACGCAGUAGGACAAAUCCUGGCGUACAUUCAAUCUUUGUAAUUACCUGAAAUGAAAGGUAGUGAUUCUGUUCUGAACGUUACAGGAGCGAACAGGUUCUCCCGUACGUUUGAUGCGACAGAAUUGUGAAGUGUUUAAUUUCCCGGGGUUCCAGCCCUAUGUUGCUAAAACAGUGAUUCUGUUGAACCCAACACGCGUUAUAGGAAUUGCUGGGCUGACUUUUCACUUGACAAAUCACCAUAUUUCCCCUGCACAGAUCCACAGUGAAGGCAGACCAGGAGACUUCCCAGUAGCUUAGGGUCACUCCUCACAAAAGCAGGUACAAUGGCCUACUUGCAGGAAGCAUUCUCCCAGGGAUUUCCUUCCGAAGAUCUUCACAGCUGCGCGCGUGUUCAUCCUUCGCGCCUGCUUUCCCCACUCCUGAGCUGCUGACUGCUGUUCACACCUCUUGGAGCGAGGUGUCCUUGUGACUGGUCCCUGUGAUGAGUGCCGGCCUCAGGACUACCAGGGAAGUGGCCUGUGUUCUUUAUGGCCCCUUCCGUCUGACUAAUAAGGUUGUGGAUAAACAUCUGUCCCCAGGGGGUCAAUUCAACACUCAGAGGCAGAAUCAAGGCUACUAGAAAACAGACAACUCCCUGCUGCUUCCUGUGUUUAAACAAUUCUAACUUUGACUUUCUGUGUUCUGAGAAAUCUAAAUUUUAUCCUUCCCAGUCUUUGUCACAAUAUUAAUUUAGCAUUCUCGAGUAGGUUAGAUUUGUAAUGAUGCUUUCAAAAGAUUUUAAAUAAUAAUGUACAAUUUACAUUAAAUUAAUAUUCUAUUGUUAAUCAUACUUUUUUCCCUUUUUCUUUCAUUAGCAAUUUUGUAUUGGCUUGUAUGAUUUUCUUUGUACAAAUUAUCCUUGUGUGUAUUCAUUUUUGCUAAUGGCUUGUGUCCUAUAAAAUAUUGUUUGAACAAAUUGUAUGCCAUAAUUUUGUCAUUCUCCUAGAUAUGCCUUAUAAACAUUUCAAUAAAA